UGUCAUGCUCUCGCUCUGUUUGGCUCUUUUCUGUUAGAAAUAUGUCAGGUCGCUUUCACCGGGAAGGAGGAUGCGGAUGUUGCUGUUGCCGCUGCCAAGGACGCCUUCUACAAUGGAGAAUGGGGCAAGAUGAACGCACGUGACCGCGGUCGUCUCAUGUUCCGGCUGGCUGAUGUGAUGGAGGAGCACAAGGAGGAGCUGGCCACCCUUGAGACGUUGGACUCAGGCGCAGUGUACACUCUUGCACUCAAGACGCAUAUCGGCUUCUCUAUCGACAUCUUCCGCUAUAUGGCUGGAUGGUGUGACAAGAUCGAGGGCAAGACCAUUCCCAUUAACCAUGCCAGGCCGAGUCGCAAUCUGUGCUACACGCGCCGCGAGCCGAUUGGCGUCGUUGGACUCGUCGUGCCCUGGAACUAUCCGCUGAUGAUGCUGGCGUGGAAGCUGUCUGCUUGCCUGGCAGCCGGCAAUACGGCCGUACUGAAGCCUGCUCAGGUGACACCACUAACUGCUCUGAAGUUUGCUGAGCUGUGUGUGAAAGCCGGCUUCCCACCGGGUGUUGUCAACAUUCUGCCUGGAUCCGGUUCAGUGUGUGGUCAAGCAAUCCUGGACAACAUGGAUGUCAGGAAGGUUGGAUUCACGGGAUCCACGCCGGUUGGCAAGGACAUCAUGGCCAGUGCGGCCAAGAGCAACCUGAAGAAGGUGUCACUGGAGCUUGGUGGCAAGUCACCGUUGAUCAUCUUCGGUGACUGCGACAUGGAUCGUGCCGUCAGACAGGUGAGCUACGCUGUGUACCACAGCAGCCUGAGCUGGGAGAGAUGGACACACACACGCACGCACACACACACACACACACACACACACACACACACACACACACACACAUACACACACACACACACACACACACACACACACACACACACACACACACACACACCUUUGGACCUUUGGAAAGCCCAUCGCCAAAGGCGAUGAUAGCUAUUAGGCGAG